CGACGACACCACGCGCAGACGCGCACGCGCAAACGAAAGUGACAUCACUAGGACACUGGGACUAGGACACCAAACUGUGACAGGAUAAUCAGUGAUUGUGUGAACAUUAACUGGAACAGUGAUCGGUAGCUGCCGAGUUAUCCUGAAACUGUUUCGUCAUCCCGGAUCCCACCUGAAAAGGUUUUCAAGUCUUGGAUCACACACAAAUUUAUGUCACCGAGAUAAUAUUUUUCGUUUUAUAAGGCCGACGCUGGACUGUCACCAUGAGGACCAGGCUGCUGCUGGCCAUCGCGGCGCUCCUGUUACAGGAAACAACAUGCGAGCCACCAGUGGAUUCAGCUUCGUUACCCCUCGAGCACCGAGCAGGCGGAGGCUACGGCCCGCCCCUGCCACCAGCCCAUACAGAUGACCCCUGGCCACUCGCCACACCUGAUAGUCCAAAGAUAAAGCAUUUGCAAGUACAGUGCGAGAAGACACACAUGCGUGUCAACAUCGAGUUCGACCGGCCUUUCUACGGCAUGAUAUUCUCUAAGGGAUUCUAUAGUGAUCCCCACUGUAUGCAUCUCAAACCUGGCACAGGUCACCUCAGCGCGACGUUUGAAAUCUUCCUCAACAGCUGCGGGAUGUCGAGCUCAGCCAACCACAAUGUAGCCACCUACGGAAGUCCUACUCCCAGCGGUUCUUACGUUGAGAACACAAUUAUUGUCCAGUACGACCCUUACGUCCAAGAAGUAUGGGAUCAAGCCAGAAAACUGCGUUGCACGUGGUACGACUUCUACGAGAAGGCAGUCACAUUCAGACCUUUCCAAGUAGAUAUGCUUCAUGCCGUUACUGCGAACUUUCUCGGCGACAACUUGCAGUGCUGGAUGCAAAUCCAAGUCGGCAAGGGACCUUGGGCCUCCGAAGUGUCUGGUAUAGUCAAAAUCGGUCAAACAAUGACCAUGGUGCUCGCGAUAAAGGACGAUGAAAACAAAUUCGACAUGCUUGUUCGGAACUGUGUAGCUCAUGAUGGAAAACGCGCUCCUAUACAGCUCGUAGAUCAAUACGGAUGUGUUGUGCGGCCUAAAAUCAUGAGCAAAUUCCAGAAGAUAAAGAACUUCGGUCCGUCAGCUUCCGUAGUAUCGUUUGCCUAUUUCCAAGCUUUCAAAUUCCCCGACUCUAUGAACGUACACUUCCAAUGUGUAAUUCAAGUGUGCAGAUAUAACUGCCCCGAACCCAAAUGCGGUCUCGGUGCGGACUAUGGCGUACCAUUAUUAGGCGGCAAUUCACUCAGUGCAGGAGAAUACGGUGUACCUAACUCUCCACAUGCAGAAUACGGCCCUCCACCUCCACAACCCCACGCCGAAUACGGAGUUCCCCCAGCGUAUCCUGAUCCCAGACAUCCAGCAGACGCCACGGGCUCUUUCUCAGAGAAGCGAGACGACGCAGUACCACCUCCACAGGCACAAGUAUCUUCAACGCCCAACGCACCUAGCCCUUCGUCACCAGCACCGACACACGAAGACGAUGACGUCAAUCUACCUCCUCCACCUCCUCCAGGCCGCCGAGGAGUAUACAAUACAGUAAAGAGGAAAGAUGAAGCCCACGGAAACCUCGCGACGCUCGGCGGCAGGCCUCGGUCAGUCGAGGACCUGCCUGAGAGACUAGUCGGCGCGAGGAGACGGCGAGAGACCUCAACGCCGACACGCAUAUACAAACGCGACGCACAGGAGAUGACGGACGUAAACACGAGUCGCACCAUUCAAGUGGUGGCGCCGGGCGACGUCAACUUCGCGUUGAACAACGCCGCGGCCAACGAGACCGUGGUGAUCCAGUCUCCGGCAAGCGACCCGGAGACCAUCUGCAUGUCGGUGCCGUCGUUCGUGGCAGGGCUGGUUAUGCUGCUGCUGGUGCUGGUGGUCGCGUCGCUGGUGGCCGCCUUCCUCUUCGUGCGCGUGCGAGCACUCGACAGGAAAGGAGUGCACACCGGCACUGCAUACUUUGAGACGGAUUACGUGAAGCACGCGAACUAGUGAGCAUCGAGUGUCGCGAGUGUGACGCGAGGACGUUCAUAAACUCUUCUCGGAUCCAAAGAGCGUGCGUGCUUCGGCCCCGGCCGGGCGGCGGCGGCGCUGUCGCGGUCGCGAUCGAAGCCCGGUGACGUGUGAGCUAUUUAUUAAGUUAUUUAAUGAGCGUGAUGUAUAUGUUCGACUGUUUUGUAAAUUAUUUUAUUCGUGUGAAAAGCACUCCCUGUACUGCCCCUUUUAGUCGAUACGUCUGUUGUAAUUUUGUAAAGAGUCGUAAGUAAGGAAAUAGUCCUAAGUUGUAUACCAAUUAAA